AUGGUCAAUGUCAUACACAGUGUGUUACAAUUUAGAUUAAAGCAGGAAGCAAUUGAUUGUUUCAGAUUUGGUGGGCGAACUGUAGCUAUUUUCCUAUAUGUUUUUAUCUGGAAUAACUUUCGACUCAUUGAAUUACCAUGGGAAUCACCAUGGACAUGGUUGCUCUGUUUAGUAUUCCAGGACUUGAUGUAUUAUUUGGGACAUCGCGCUGUGCACGAAGCUGGCUUUUUCUGGGGCCUGCAUACCAUACAUCAUAGCUCGGAAUACUAUAACUUCUCUACAGCACUUCGUCAAGCUGCCAUACAAGAUGCUGGGUUGGCUAUUUAUGAUGUUCUACAGGUAUGCAAUUAG